GCAGCAAGAAGUGGACGUUCUCACUGAGUUCCUUCGAGUCAUCAAACAAUAUUUACUCAAAAGUGUUGACCCUGACCGUUCUGUUCACACACUAUGAUCGCUUUACCCCUGUGACUUCCCCGGCUAAUGGGCAUACCCGAAGAAAGGCCAUCUCUGCUCUGGAGUAGGGCCAACAUUAUGGAGGACACAACGCCCGAUUUUCAAGAUUUACUAGCUGCGUUUGACAUCCCAGAUAUGAGGGUAAAGAUCAGUGAAGUCCGAUCCCUCGCCCCGGUCAGCUCUUCAUCCGAUGUGCCUAAAACAACCCCCUCAGCGUCCACUUCAAGCGCCCCCAUUGUCAAGCAAGAACUAGGUGUCAGCAUCCCCGAACCAACAUGGAAAUCUACAGGAGAUGAUGACGCUAGUCAUCAAGGACAAGGGUCACAAGUCUCUGAUGAAGAUAAACUAAAUCCAAACGUCUCAGUGGCAGCAACUUCCACGACUCAACCAGAAAGUGUCAACACUAAUGGAUCCACGGUCAGCAACGGUGACAGCGGACGUAAUUUCUUCCAGUCGUUUCGGGAAACAGACUUGGUACAACGUAAGGUUGUUUCCUCAACUCUUCUGGCCAACUCGUGGGCUAAGUCUUCAGGCACGCCAACUGUCACCAUUGUUUCGAGACCGAUCCGAGCGCAGAAAGCGCCACCUAUAGUUACAUCUGUGCAAAAGCUUGGGAGACCGGCCUCGUCUAUCAGUAGUAUCCAGUUUUCCAAAGGUUCACAGAAAAUAGUUGUGGCGAAUAAAAACCUCGUGACAAAUGUGCGUACUGUAACCAUGGCCAAUAGCAAGCAACCCUUGGUUGUUCCUUUGAGUAAGAAUUCAAUCCCACCGUUAGUAUUCGGCAGAACUGGUAAAAAACAAGUUAUUGUAAAUGUAACAAGUUGCAAUACGGGACCGAAGAGUACACCUGCGGUAGUUAGCAGUAACCCAGAGAAAAAAGCUGUCAAACUAUCACCUGAGAGCCUCCUGAAACGCAUCAACCCGAUUCCUAAAUACAUCCCAAAGGCCAAGCAGUUCUUAGACUGGGCGCAAAGCAGAAGUCCGUCACAGAAGAAAAAAUCCACACAAGUGACGCACCCAUGCGACGAAUGUGGUGACAUUUUCAUCUGUGAAUCCAGUCUAAAAAUGCACAUGGAACGGCGUAGCGUGCAGAUUUUCUUCAGCUGCAUCUUUUGCUUGGGUCGUUGCCUCAUGUUCUACAACAAGUGCAGCUUCUUUGCCCACUUGAGAAAACACAGUCAAAUGAUGAAAGUGAACAUGAACUACACAAGUCAGAUUGCUAAAGCUAAAGUUUCGUCCCUCGCCAUCGUCAAUAAGGAAGUUGUUCAGGUGGAUAAAAACAAGACUGUUUCAUUGGGAAAUGAAACGACAAAAAGCAAAGACACAGACGAGUCGACUCCGAACCAUCUUCCAUCGUCGGACAAAGAGAUUGAACCUCUUGAAACGACUGGGGAUACACAAAGCAGUGAUGCAGCUCCAGCUAAAGCACAAUCGGCUGAGAUGGUGUUCAAAUGCAAUGUCUGUUUGAUGCCAUACAAAACCAUGUUGGGUCUUCAGACGCACAUGCAACACAGACAGGCCGGCGUGUCAAAGUGUAACAUUUGUAAAAUGGAUUUGCCCAACAACUGUCAGCUGAGAGCUCACACCACCAUGCACUCUGAGACGGCCUCUUCCUGGGUGUGCCCCGAGUGCUCCAAGGUCUUCACUAGCUUGAAGCUAUUCAGCACUCAUAUCACUAACAACUGCUUACAUUGGUAUCGUCAGCUGCGAUAUGAAUGCACCCUCUGCUCCAAGUUUGUUGUCAACUACACCGACCACUUAGACAAGGGACACGAGAUGUUGUUCUAUCGUUGUGUAUCUUGUGCGAUGGCGUUCAAGACGCUUCAAUCUUUAAAGGAACACAGUGAGCAGAAGCAUCAAGUGCAGCCUGGCUCUCCCUUGUGUCGAAUCAUCUCCAAGUGUCCAUUCUGCGAGACUGUCUUUAUGCAGAAACCCUUACUCCUAGCGCACAUUAGAGCACACAUUAGCCAGAACAAACAGAAGAGCAAGUACGGCUAUAACUGCUACGUCUGUAAUACAGUGUACGCUAAUAUUGUUCACUUCAAGAAGCAUUUCGAAAAGUCUCACAAAUUCCACAAGCAAUUCCACUGUGACUACUGUCGUCGACGGUUUCUUCAUUACGAUGAUCUACUGUCGCACUUCAAGACCGGGACUCCCUCCGGUCUCUCUCUUUCCAAACCGUCGGGGUCAGACGGUGUUUGUAAAGCCGCAAGCUGUAAGCGAUUCAAGAACUACGUUGACCACGGAAAAGAGGCAAAGACUCCCGAGUCUAAUUCAUCAGCCUCUGAAACAUCUGAAUCGAGUCCGUCAUACUCGACGACUGAUGCAAAGCAUAAAGAGCAGGCACUGAAUAAGCUGUACGUCAAGAAGACGCGAAGCUGUCCAGGUUGUAGGAAAGAAGGUAAGGUCAACUACUUCCAGAAAGAAACAGAUCUUAGAGCUCAUAUGAGUGAAGUUCAUCCUCAGAUGAAACUCUCUGUCAUCAACUCUGAAGAGUGUGUCAAGUAUGUGACCAUCAAGCCCAAGGAAAGCAAAUCAUCUGACCCUAACAAUAAGGAGGAUAAAACAAACUCAAACCCAGACGUCGAUUCGAGAAAGCGUAAAAAUAACUCUGAAACCGACGAGGACAGUUCAAAACAGAAAAGAGCACGAACGAGAAUCGACCUGCCGACCGAGUUUGACUGCGCCAAGUGUGACCGACAUUCAACCGACAGGUCAGAGUUCAAAGUUCACAUUGAAGCCCACCGACCCGAUCGCUCUUUCUCGCAGUGUGAAGAAUGCGGCAUUUGUUUCCGUAUCGAGGUAGCUCUUCGUAAGCAUCUGUUCAUCAAGCACGGUAUUAGAGAGUUCAAGGCCUAUAAGCUCUCUUUAGAAGGUGAUACUUCAUGCCCAACACCAGAUAUCAGCAUUACAAAGAUCGAUGUUAGUGUUACAGACAACGAACCCGUAUCAACGCCUACAGUGUUACCUUCUCCGAAAGCCGGGGCAUCGAGUAGAGCCACGCCAUUAGAAUGCAAGGUGUGUUACAAGACAUUUCAACAAGAAGCAACUCUACGAGUUCAUAUGAGAAAUCACGGUAUGGCGUUCAUUCGUUCUAAACGUUCCAUGAGCGGUGACUAAGUACAGGCCGCGCUGUGCCAAUGUCAAUCAAUAAUAACAUUCCAUGUUGAGAUCAGGGCCCAAUUUCAUAAAGCCUGUGCAAGCACAAAAACCUGCUAACCACAACAAAAUCUUG